UGCUCUUCUUCACACACACUCUCUCUCUCCCUCUUUAUCUUAGUCUCUCUAUUCCACCAUGAAAUGAAGUUCUUUUGAAAACCAUAAAGCAGUUGCUGAAUUGCAGUGAUUACUGUUAGUAGUUCUUAAGAUUGUUUGUUUUGUUUCUAGAAAUGGUUUCUCUGGAAGAUUCUCACUCGAAUUCGAACCGGUUUCCGCUGGGUCGAAACUUCUACACACCAGGUUCUGCUUCGACCACCAAAAUCCACCGACACACGGGGCGGUCCAUGCGGACCGUACGCUCCAAUCUCUACCAAAACGACAACAGCAGCUGCUCCUUCACCAGCUCCGUCCCUGAGAGGUCUGGAUUCGUCUCCGAAAAUCUCACGGAAUCCGUCAUCGACAUGCGUCUCGGAGAGCUGGCUUCCAAGAGCAAAUCGGUUAAGUCUGAGUCAGAAAGCGAGGGCUUUUUGGACAUUUCUCUAGCGUUCAGUGAUUUCUCUGCUUGUAGCAGCGAUAUAUCCGGUGAGUUGCAGCGGCUGGCGAGCUUGCCGUCUCCCGAAAACAGGUUGGGAAAUGAGAAUAGUAAUAAUGGAGCUGAGCCUGAGCCGGAGCUGGAGCCGUGCCACGGCUUUCUGCAGAGAGAAAACUUCUCGACUGAGAUUAUCGAGAGUAUUUCGCCAGAGGAUCUUCAACCGACGGUCAAGAUCUGCAUCGACGGCCUCCAAUCCCCGUCCAUUGCGGUGAAGCGAUCGGCUGCGGCUAAGCUCAGGCUACUAGCUAAGAACCGCGUGGAUAACCGUGCGUUAAUCGGAGAAUCAGGUGCGAUCCCUGCUCUGAUUCCUCUUCUACGAAACAGCGAUCCUUGGACUCAAGAGCACGCAGUGACUGCGUUACUAAAUUUGUCACUUUUCGAAGCGAACAAAACACUGGUUAUAAAUGCUGGAGCUAUAAAAUCGUUAGUGUAUGUUCUCAAGACAGGAACUGAAACCUCCAAGCAAAACGCCGCAUGUGCACUUCUGAGCUUAGCUUUGAUUGAGGAAAACAAGACUUCCAUCGGAGCAUGCGGGGCAAUCCCACCACUGGUAUCUCUUCUGAUGAAUGGAUCCAACAGAGGCAAGAAAGAUGCACUGACGACCCUUUAUAAGCUCUGUUCGGCAAGGCAGAACAAAGAAAGGGCGGUAAGUGCGGGUGCAGUUAGGCCUCUGGUGGGGCUGGUGGGAGAGCAAGGGACCGGGAUGGCGGAGAAGGCGAUGGUUGUUCUCAGUAGCUUGGCGGGGAUUGAGGAAGGAAGGGAAGCUAUCGUGGAGGAAGGUGGGAUUGCGGCACUGGUGGAGGCGAUCGAGGAUGGUUCUCUCAAGGGGAAGGAGUUUGCGGUGUUGACACUGUUGCAGUUGUGUGCUGAUAGCAUAAGGAAUCGUGGGUUGCUUGUUAGGGAAGGUGGGAUCCCUCCUCUUGUGGCGCUUUCUCAGACCGGGAGCGUUAGGGCUAAGCAUAAGGCUGAAACACUGCUUGGAUACCUGAGAGAACCAAGACAAGAGGCUUCCUCAUCCAGUCCUUAGAGAAGACGAUGUUUAAUUACUGAUAGAGAUGCAGUAGUAAACUUCUGCUGGUCGAUAACUAUUUUCCCUCAAGUUCUCUGAUGCCCAUACCACGUUUCUGCAUCAAACUACUGAUAUCCUGCGGUAGGAGGAAUGGUUCAAUAUCUGGUUUUCUUUCCUUUCCCACUAUUUUCCCCAGUUACAGAGAGGAAUUAUGCAUUAUUGUCGAGGGACUGAAUUAUAGCUUUAGGUUGAUGCAUAUUGUGCAAUGGUAGGGCCCUUGAUCUGCUCCUAUUUGGUGUAAAGGUUGUUAAUCUGCUGUGUGCUACCAUCACCAUCUGUCUGUCCUACUUGCAUGCAUCUAGCAAUGCCCACCAACCGGUUCAACCCCACCAGAGAGAUAUAUAUGUAAAUUUGAACUGAGAGCAUAACUAUCCUUUUCAUUCCUUGUCGUUAUUAAUCAUGCAUUAGCUGGCAGAGCAGGUGUGUUUUGCCCCCGCUGUGUUAAGGAUUGCCAUUUCAUGGUCAAAUGUAUGCAUUUCAUGUAAUUAUGUGACCCAGUUGUCGGCAUCCGUUGUGGGUUAACCUGUUUGUCUUUGGGUCGCUCGGGGUGUUUAUCAGUAUGUUCUUAAUGGACCAGAGAUGAAUUUGGUGUGCACCUUGAAGGCAAAACUCUCGUCCCAGCCAAAAGCAAAGUUACUUUGAAGAGAAAGAAGAGGAAGAAGAGAAAUGCUAGAGUGA